UCACAUGACCUGGGUAGACGUCAAGCCUGUGGUCACGUGACCGGAAGUAUGUGAAGCAGUCGAAUGUGAGUAUUUUGAAUAAUAAACUAAUUUAGCUCGUAAUACAUGUUUUCACUGUCAUAGGUGCAACUGUUCAAUUUUCAUGCCGUAAUGGCACAUUCAUUUCUAAAUUAUGCUGAAUAUUUAUGCUGAAGAGAGGAUAUUUCACAAAUGCCACCUCACAUUUUUAGCUAGCUAGCAGCAUUAACCUCCAUGGCUCUCAGUCCCGAGAGGCUAACGUUAGCUACUAUCAAAACAAUCAAUACAUCUGGCUAUCUAGUGGCGCGAGAAGCAGACCACUAACAGUCAAAUACAAUGGACGACUCUGAUCAAGACUUCGUGGACCUCUGCUCUAAGUUGCUCAAACGAGUCCGCAGAAAAGCAGGCGUAACCGAGAAGAGAAGUGUUGCAGAGCCCUCGUCCCAGGACACUGCGAAAGACAUACCCACCAAAAGGGUGACGACUAGGAGGAAGAAGAAAGAUGUUGGCCCAAGUUCAAAGGAAGCUUUGGGUAACAACUCUGAACACGUUUCCUCCAUCUCUACCACUUGUGAUGAACCAAACCGACUUCCCUCCAAUACAGACAAAUCUAAACAAGCAGUGGUCAAUGGAGGUAUUGAACUUGGUGUAGGAGAGAAUGGGUCAUCAGUGGCUGUGGAUGUUGCUGGGUCUCAACCUGAGGAUAGGGGAAUUGGGGUGAAGGAGAAAGUGCUACACAGGAUGCAGCAGUUCAAGAGAGUCAAUCCACAGAAGCUGGUGCAUGGUGAGAGGAAUCCGCCUGCAGCAACAGGGAGUGAAAGUGACAGUGCUGCUCCCCAUCCACUGCCAGAUAAUGAAGUUCCAUCCUCCUCCGCGUCCACUCCCCUACCACUGGACCCCCAUGUGGAUGACUCGGAUGAGGCCCUGGCCCUGCGUCUACAGGAGGAGCUGGACAGGGAGGCCCAGGCUGUGGCCCAGGGUAGUGCAGUGGACCUGGAGCAGGGAGGCCUGUUCUUCUGUCAGCUCUGCCAGAAAGACCUGUCUGCCAUGAGCCCCACAGGACGCACCCAACACAUCAACAGGUGUCUAGACGAGAGUGAGGACAGUGCUGCCCCCGCCCCUCCUCCCGCUCCCAGCGUCCCGGAAUGCCCCAUCUGUGGUAAACGGUUCAAGUCCCAGAAGAGUCGCGCGGCCCACCUGAAGCGUUGCUCCUCCACGAUGGGCGUGGCUCCUGCCGUGCUGCUGCAGGCUGUACAGAGACAAGUUGCUGAGGGCCUGACUGACAGCACCGCCAACCAACCUCCGCAGGCCGGAGGUUCCAAGCGUAAAGGCUCCACAGACCCCAGCCUCCCGGGCAGGAAGAAGCCCAGAAAGAAGCCCCGUGGCCUGGACGAAGACACCAUGGUGGCCAUGGCCCUGUCCCACUCCCUCCUGGAGCAGGAGAAAGAGAUGGAGCGGGAGAUGCAGAGAGAGUUACAGAGGGAGAUGGAGAGAGAAGGUGGUCAGCAGCUCCCAGCCCUCCUCCCUCACAUUUCUCUGUCACCAUUGAAGUGGAGAGCUGAACCAAGUAAGGGGCGUGGCAAGAGGAAAAAGGGUGCACCCCCUCGCCCCCCUCCCCUCCUCCUGGUCCAGGACUCGGAGACAGCCCUGAGGCGACUACAGGAGCGCGUGGCUGGCCUCCUCCUCCGUACCCGUGCCCCCUCGCCGCCCACCCCCACACGCUGCCCCAGCUCCCUGCCCUCCUGCAGCACUGGUGCUGGUCCCCUCUGGCAGAAGAGUGCGUUGCGGGAUGGAGGGCCGAAGGUCAUCUCUGAGUUCUACACCCCAGAGCUCAGAGCGUUUAUACAGCCUUGGGUGUCUCUAAAGACGGAUAUGGUCUGUCCUACCAAGGCCAUGCCUGUAUCCUCCACCAACCUUUCCAUAACAGAAGGCAUCUCUAUGACCAAGCAACCUAUCCCCUCCUCCCAACAACCAGUCUCCUCCACCCAGGCAGCCCCCUCUUCGCUCCCUUCCACCCCAGGGACAGGGCACCUUCCAGUGGGCAGCCAGACUCUGUGUGACCUGAUGGAGCUGGCUGAUGAGGGAAUGACCCUCACACAGUGGGGCUAUUCUACCCCAGGACCUGCCAGAGACAAAGAGAACACUGCUACAGACUUCCACCUAAGUGGCUGUGUUCCUGAGAGCACAGACGAACCCCCUGACCUGUGUCUCAGUGGCUUCAUCCCAGAGAGCAUUAGAAACACUGAAAGCCAUCAACUGAGAUCUGUUCCUCAAAGCAGAGAUACCAACAGGAGCAACCAGAAAUCAGUGGCACUGUCCAGACUGGCCUCAGACCUGACCAGUAUGGUGAACAACCCCCAGUUCAGUGAUGUCCAGCUACAGGUGGACAGUGGGGAGGUGUACUUCACCCAUUCAUUCAUGCUGUAUGCUCGAUGCCCCCUGCUGGCGCAGAUGGUCCAUGACAGUGGAUUCGGGGUGCAGGAGGACUGCAUGCCCUCAGCCCAGAGGGUGUUGUUGGGUGAGGUACCAGGCCAGGCAGUGUAUACCCUGCUCCAGUACCUCUACACAGCCCACUGUCCCCUCACACGCACCCUGCUGCCACACGUUCAGGAGCUAGCAGCCAGGUUCAACCUGGAGGAGCUGCAGCAGCUGUGCCAGCUCUACCCAGCUCAGACAGACAUCCACAGAGGUGUAGAGGGACAGGGGGAUCAGUGGGGAGACUACCCAGACCAGGAGCACCAAUCUGGGGGAGAGGAGGAGCACCAAGACCAGGUCUUCAUGGAGCUCCUCCACUCCAUGUGGAAUGAAGAAGAGGUUGAGGAAGAUGAGGACAGUGGAGAGGAAGGAGGGAUUGCAAUGGAGGAGGGGCGAGGGGAUGGCGUGACGAUAGAAGACGGAGAGACAAAUGAAGAAAGGGUGAACGAAGAAGAGAUGGAGGAGAUAUAUGAGUUUGCUGCCACUCAGAGAAAGAGGGAUGAAGGGAAAGAGAGCGAAAAGGAAGAAUCAGAAGGAGAGGAGGAGGGAGGAGUGACAUUUUUCACAGAGACAGAAGAAGAGCAGGAGGCUCCAAUCCAAUAUCACUCAUUGGCUGAACACUCAGAUAAGGGUGAAUUAACAUGCAUGACAUCCCCUCAAACAAAACCUCCCAGUUUAGAGGCAGACAUAGCUAUUGGUGACAUUGACACAGACCGGGGGAAUCCAAAUAGGAUAAAAACUGAUCUCAACAAAUCAGAAGGUAGAGAUCCAGAAUGUUCUAGAACAGCCACCAUGGAGUCAGACAGAACUAAACAAUUUGAAUCAAACGUCACAAGCUCAAGAAGUGUUGGAGAGGUAUCAACGACAAAAAGCCUCCAUGACGAUCAAGAACUAAAUGCUAGUCUGGACCGUAGCUACAGCCGCCUCUUCUCUGACUCUUGGGGGGUCUAUGAGACGCAGGAGGAGCCCCACACCUCCCCACCAACACAACCAUCCUGCCACUCCCAACCCCCCAGGGCUAUCCAGAAACCCUUCUGCUCCCAGCCCCCCAGGACCAUGGUAGUGGGACAGCCGGAACUCACCUCCCCACCAUCCUCCCGCUCCCAGCCCACAAGGCUGAGGGUCGAUGGGGGUACGAGACAGACAGCGAUCCCUACCCUCCAGUACUCAGCCAUUGAAAUCAUUGACCUCUCCAUCAGUCCUCCUCUGGUCCCUGGUGUAGCCGCACUACCUGUCCCUGGUUUGUCCCCAGGGGAAGUGACUGACACCGGGGCACGAGUUAGGACGGAGGGAGUGGUGGGAGGAGGGAAAGUUCCUGUGUGUAAGGAGUUACUCCAAGAGAAGGUACCGUCUAGUCCAGAUGACUUAAAGAGAGAGAGUCAUGGUCCGUAUAGUAUUUCUCUACCCGUCUCUCCUCCUCACAGUACCAAAGAAGAACCUGAGCUUAUAGUUCUGUCUGACUCUAGUGAAGAGAUGGAGGUAGGGGAUCUAGCACCUACCAGCCCCUCUCCACCGCCCCCUCCUCGUCUCUCCCAGAACCACCAAGGCUACACCCCAAUCACAACUCAAUCCACCACAGAAUCCAAGAAAUCCAGCUCGAAGGAGAAAGAGACUAUUGGUGGUUCUGUGAGGGUUCCUUCUGUCUCACCUUCAGAUCAAGACCUAGAUCCAGAUCCUCCUAGUUAUAAACCAGGUUCUAAUGCUGGUUCUACUAGUCUCGUGGACUGUUCUGCAGAGAUGUCUUGGUUCAUCCCGGCCACUCCGCCCCUGCCGUCCAGGAGGACCAGCUCUAGCUCUACCCAGACCUUUAGUAGCAUGCAUCGCACUCAGCUCUUUCCUAAGGCCAACUCUUCUUCCUCCUCUUCUGCAGCGUCAGUUUUCUCCUCUCCCACCCUCCCUUUCAGGCCUAGCCGCCAGACCUCCAACCCACACAGGGUUUCUACACAUUCUGCCCAGACAGAGUCCUCUAUUUCUAGGCAGAAAUCAGACAGCAGAGGGCUUCGUGACGACCGCUCUUCCCAGAAAUACAACAGUGGUUCAGUCGGAUCUGACCGUGCUGCCCGCUCCCCAGUCCCCUCCAAAUCCCAACCAAAACGCUCCUGCUUUCCCCGCCUGACCCCCUCUCUCUCCGUCAUCCCCCCACCAGACCCCUCCACCAAGGGUACCCCUCUCCACAACAUCCCCCAGCCAUACAGCUCCACUCCCCUUUAUUCAGAUCUACCCAAGCCCUCUGCUCCGUCUCUGGCCUUCCCUCUUCUGAGCGACGGGGAGGGGGACAACGGAACCAGGCAGAGAGGGAGGGGGCUGGGGAUCUCUGGGAGCCCAUGGAAGAGAGGGGGACUGGCUUCUCUGGGCCUGAGAGAGGAAUCGGAUGAGAUGAUGAAAAUGGAGGAACUGGAAAGGAGUGUAGUGAAAGAAGAAGAGCAGGAGGAAGAGAUGGGAGAAGACAUGGAGAGGUCCAGUAACAGCUUUCAACGGAGCUUCCUCGGGAUGGACGAGCCGCCCAUGGCCUUCGAUGACUCCUGGGGCCUAAACGCAGGAGGAGGGGACACGGACGGAGAACGAUCCCAGGCAGUGUGCUUCAGUCUGAGGCUAGAGAGCAGCGGCGGUGGGGCUAGUCCUCCAAGACAGGGCCGGAGAGAUGGAGAGAUUGCAGGACCAUCCUCUACUUUUACCCCCUCUCCUCUUCCUAAAGCCUACACCACCCACUCUUACUCCACCCCCUCUCCACCUCCACCCAACACCACUACACCCCAGGCCAACCCAGAGAUCAACGCUAACGUCCUGGACGCUGAGAUCUGGGACGACUGGGGGGAGGAAGAGGAUGAGGCUCUUCCUCUCUCUCAGAGGGUGAAUCCUGUGGCUCUGGCUCAGAGAGUGGCCCAGCUCAAGACUCCAGUGGCCCCCCGUAGGAAAGGCCAGCAGGGCCCCCUGGUCCCCAUCACCCCCAUGCCCAGCUACUCUGACAUGGACACACCUGACCUCAAGAACAAGCUCAACCGAUUCGGUGUGCGUCCCUUACCCAAGCGCCAGAUGAUCCUGAAGCUCAAGGAGAUCCACCAGUACACCCACCAGGUCGUCAGCUCAGAGUCCGAGGACGAGGCACCUUCCCUGGGUCGCCCCAGAGCUGUCGGGCCCCCACCCACCACCUCCUCCAUGGAGCCCACCAGAAAGCCAGUGUCCUGUGCCCAGACUGGGGGGUUUAAAGAGCCUAGUGGAAGAGCAGCACCUACCAUCUCCCUGGUGAAACUGCCUGGUGGGGAGGACAUGGAGCCUCUCUCUGCCUCUCAGGGAUCCAAUACGUCCUCCACAGCACCCAGUGAAGACUCUGAGAGGUCUAAUCCAGAGCAGUGCCUAUCUGACCACUCGGAUAACGAAGACAUUACUGCCUCGCAGUCUGCCUCCAAGCUCCAGGACAACCUUGUCGCUGUCCGUCGUUUCAUCCAGUCAGACCCUGACCUCUACAGGCAGAUUCUCCUCUACCAGCCCCUGGUCCUGUCAGACUUUCAGGACAGACUCAAGGCCGCAGGUAUCCGGCUGGGGGGCACCAAGCUACUAGACUACCUGGAUUCGCAGUGCAUUACGUUUACCACAGCCAAGCCUCGACUGAGAGGAGGAAGAAAGAGAAAAGUGAAGGGGGCGACCAGGGCUGGAGGGAGGGGAAGGAGAGGGAGAGGGGCAGCUAAAACAGCAGAUUGAAGUUACCUUUGAGGGGAUGCAGUGGAGGCAAAGGUGGAUUUUGAAAGGAUUUGCUGGAAAUAAUUGAGUCUAAACUAAAUCAGUGGCAAUUAAGGCUGUAACGUGUUACUACCAUUCUGAGUUCUAGUUGGAUGUUGAACUGUUUCCUGUUUAUAUUGGUUGGAUGUUGGACUUCUAUAAUUAAGUAAUGUUUGUUCUCUUCCUAGUGUCAAGUCCUAUCUUUACAGCAUGCUAUACUAGUCUGGAUUAAGCCGUUUUCACUGGGUUAUUGAACUAUGCUGUCCACAAGCCAAAAUAGUUAACAUUCAAAACCCCUGGAUUACCCGGGAAUAACUCCAGCACAAAGCAAAAUCGUGAAAAAUAUUUUACUGUUUUUGUUUUUCUCCAAAGACCAGCCAUGAAAUAGACUUCAUUCAAUCUGAGCACAACUCAUGUUGGGGCAGGGAGGUACUUGUUAAAAAGAAAACACAAGCAGAAGAAAAAAUCACAGAUACUCUUCAUUGAUUAGCCAAUCAGGAACAGGCAUUUUCCUUGGAGGUGGAGAGUUCAGUCUAAAAGGUCAAAGUUCGUAGCUUCAGGACCAUUCAGGGGUACAGCAAUGUGUGCGUGUCACACACUCCUAGCACGGUGCAGAUAUCAGUAUUCCUUUGAACCCAAAAUACUGGGUCCAAAAUACAGGAAGCCCACUAAACUGUAGCUUCAGAACCAGAAUGUCCUCUCUCCACCCCUCCUGCACCUCUUCUUCUGAUCACAGCUUGGCCCAUGUGGCUUCCACGCCAGUUAGCACCUCCUGUCCCUUCUCCUUCUCUUCCUGUCACGACAGGUUAGCGAUGUUGGCCAGGAAGCGCUGGGCCCACCACUCCUCCAGGUCUAUAGGCACAAAGUCUGUAAGGAGACAGGGAAUAGGUGCAAAUGAGAAAACAUUACUAUUAUGGUACCUCUGUCUGAAUCUCACAAGUCUACACAUCCUGAGCACAAGUCUACAUGGAGAGAAGGAGAGGCAAUAGUGAAGGAAACGGUAUUGGUGAGAUUUUUGCUUAUUGAGAUAUUACAUUUGUGCUUCAAACGCUUCACUCUUUCUCUCUGUAACCUCAAACACUACAGUACUGUCCAUCUACUGUUAAGUAACUGUCCAAUGACCUACAGAGUGAACAGGACUGGACAGGUUGUGUGAAAUCAGCAACCAGGAGGAGUGCCAGUUUAUCCAAGGUGAGAGACUGAUAGUUGUUCAGGGAGUUAAACAUUAAAACAAAAACUUGCCUUAUGACCUCUCUAUCUAGCUGCAGAUAAGAUGGAGCCAAGAAUUGCUUAGCCUGCUGUGUUUCUUGAGACAGACGUUUAUAGGGCUAGACAGAAAUACACCAAAAUAGAGGGUUAAGACCAUGAGUUGGCGUGCUGAUCUAGGAUCAGUUUGUCUUUCAGAUCAUAAUAAGAUCGUAUGGACAGGGGACCUGAUCCUAGAUCAGCACUCUUACUGAGGCUUUAUGAAUACAGGUCCUGGGCAUCACAUAAUUGGAUGUAAUGAGAUAGGAAGUGGAGGUAGACUUUAGUGUACAGCCUCUCCCAUAUGUUGCACAUCUUCAGUAGAGCAAGAUGGAGGCCGAUUAAACAACAAUGGCGGCUAGUGAAUAAGGCCUAUAGAUACUCACUCUUCGUUGUGGUACUGGGGGUCUUCUCUGCGUACUGCACGGGCCCCUGGGCACAUACAGCAGCAGGCUCCACACUGCCUUCUCCAUCUCCUGCCAGCUGCUGCUCUAUUUCCUGCCAUGCUGCAGAGCGGAGAGAAUAUACAGAGGCAUUAAUACACACACUAACUGAAGAUACGCGUUACAGCAAAUAACUUUUCCCAUGUGUGUUCCUAGGUAGUUGUAUAAUACACGCAGCCUAUGACUACAUAAAACCAACUGGGCAUGAUGCGGGAAAAUGUUUUGGGUGCUUUUUAAAAAUCCAUCUAUUGCGAUAUAGUAUCAUGGGGUGCUGCAGUACCCGUCACACCACAACUUCCCGCGGCUCUGAAGCUGGUGGUUCGUUGUUUUCCUCUUAUAUAAAAUGACCAAUGGAAGUGUUUUUAUUUUAAAUAAACUAUCCCUCUAGAGGUAUAACCUUGCUUGUGCUCCAAAUUCAAAUGAAACAGCCAACCAUGUGUCCUCGAGUGGACCAGGACAGAACUACAGUACAUUGCAUCAGCCACACUACUAGGAGUUGAGAUAAGACUGGAGGUUGUGUGUUUCACUGAGUUAUAACUCACCCCUUACACUUUCAAAUACACUGUGUUGACUGUACAUUUCUGUGAAAAGCAUUUGAAUGUAAAAUGUACAAAAAUAAACAAAGCUCACUGUUUUAUAGGAA